AACAAAUUUGGUUUAUCAUUAAGCUACCCUUACGUUUUAAAGGCAAAAUUAUUAUGGCUCCUGGUAUUGUUAAAAAAAAUACCAAAGAAGAGGAAGAUAAUAAUAAUGAAAACCCUGAAGCUUCAAAUGCAACCUUUACAAAAGUUCCAGAUUCCAGUCUAAAAGAUUGCGCAAUUCCAUCUCAGCCCAAUCAAAAGUCUCAAGAAGAAUUACAUGCAAAACCAAGUUUAUUUGGAACUUAUGAAACUGCUUUAGGAGAAAGUACUUCUAAAGAAAUACCAACUUUUUUUGGUAGCUUACUAACCCCAAAUAUUAAGAACGUAAUAUUUGGUGUAGAAAAUGUUUCUAAACCAUGUACAACUGAAUCUGUUACCAAUACCUCUGCAAUUCAAGAACAUUCGGAAGUAUGUGAAAUGAAGUGUUCAUCGAAACAGUUGGCAAGUUCUUCUAUAAUUCCAGUUGACUAUGAUAUUUCCCUUGAUACAAAUAUCAGUAAAGGCACUUUUCUUGAUAGAAAUUAUUUAAAAGACGAUUAUCAAAUCCUAGAAAACAAUAGUUUCCCAAAUCUGACUGACGAUAUUCCAGUAAUAGACAAUUACACAGAGGGUACUAUUAACAAAACAUUCGAUGAAAACAUUCACGACCAGUGUAAUAAAAUGGAACAAACAGCUAUUGUCGAAAAUAAUUUGAAUGAAAAUUUGAAUGAACGCGAAACUAAUAUAAACUGUAUCGUGUUUGAUUCUACAGAAACGACUUACACCCAAAAACGAGACAUGUCUGUACAACCGUUUGUAGUUAGAGUACAAAGAAUAAAAACUCCUACAAUACAACCCACUAAUGGUCUUAAUCUAGCUAAGCAAAAAACAAUAAGUAAAAAGGCACACAGGAAACUUCAAGAAAGUCUUUUUUUCAACGAAGAUCUAUUUCAGAUGAGUGUUUCCACACAAACUCCAUAUAAUCUCAGAACUACUAAAGCUCGUACUAAGCACAAGAAACAGGAACCAAUUAUAAUCAAUUCGAAAAAGAAUAAUAGGAAACUUAAAUCUGUCACUAAAGCAAAAAUUGGUCAAAGAGAGCAGCCGAGAGUUAUAGAUCUCACUCAAAGGAACGCAAAUUAUGUACAGCAAGUAGAAAAUCUACGUAGUGAAGAUCCUCAGUCAUCUCGUAAUUUAAGAGAUAAACAUUUGCACGAAAAUUACGUGAAUCGAUUUAGGAAAUCACAAUUAAAUCGUUUACUUGCUGAAGCUUUUAGUAAUUGCUCGAGGGACAAUCAAAGUACAGGUUGUCAAUAUUGUCGUCAUGUAAAACGCCUUCAGCGUAAUGUUACAAGUAGGAGGAAUUUGUUGCAUGAUAUUUUUCACAAGAAUCUAAGCGAAACAAAUCCUGAAUUAAUAUCACACAUGUUACACUCUGUUGAAGAGCCAGCAAGUGAUGCUGAAGUCCUAACUAGUAGCACAAGAGUUACUACUAACCAUUUAUUAAAAUCAUUGAAAAAUUGUUUAAAAAAAAUGACCUCUCUUGUAACGUAUUUAGAUUUUUUGUUAGACCCUCAUGCUAAUAAUAUGUAGGGUUAUUAAGAUAAUGAUUAAAAUAUAUGUAUACGAUUCAGUACAGAUAGACGGGACGGCGCUCGGACAGAAACUUUAACAAAAACACAUAUGCCAAUAUUUAACCAAAAAAAAAUAAACAGGACACAAUCCAAAAUUAGGACGCGAAAAUAUGCAAGUACACCAGACGAUGAUGACAGAAACUUAACGAAAUGCGAAAUAACUAAACGAAAAAUUACGAAACCAUACAACGAUAAUAAGUAGAUCAAGAUAGUAAAACAAAAUAAUACAGAAUGAAAAAUAACAAUAUGAAACAUAAUAAUCUGAAAUAUAACAGAAUGAAACAACACCAAACAAAUAUAAGAAACAUAAAGGCUCAGUUAGACGGUAGGUAACGAAAACCCAAUAGUCGCUGCCGUAAGCACAUGAAAAAGAUAUGCCUGACAUCAUGUUUACAAAAGAAGCUGAGAAGUCAUCAUACUAAUAAAAUGUACUGGUAACGUAUCAAGUCAUGCGGAUAGCGAA